CUCACACACACAGAAGGUGUUCAUAUCAGUUCGGACAACGAGGUUACUCAUUUCUUAUCUGCAAGAGGGACGUACCGAGCUACCUCUGCACUCAGUUCCUGUUCACUUCAUGCAGAAGCCAUGCAUAAGAGAAAGAAUAUUUUGGUGGUGGUAUUGUGGGCAGUGUGCCAUUUUCACGGUUCUGUGCAAGCCAUAAUUUUUCCUUCAGAAAUCGGUAAACCCUGCUCAGAUGACGACAGAUGCACCAAAUUCAUUCAGAAUUCCAUCUGCAGCGAGAAUUUUUGCGCAUGCGUGCAAGAUUUUGUUCCACAUCCAUUUAACAAAUCGUCAUGCAUACCAGUUGCUAAGGACCUCAACGAUCCUUGUGAGGAAGAGAUCCAGUGCACCAUUUCUUUUGGGCCAAAUGGAACAUGCAACGAAGAAAAACAUUGCGUCUGUAAACCUGGAAAUCACUUUGCUAUACCCAGUAGUUGUGUGCUGAGCAUAGGUUUGGGUGAGAAAUGCGGAGAAACCUUCCAAUGCUACUUACCCGAGGACGGGUUGAACCAGCAUAUCAGAUGUGACGAUACGAAGAAAUGUAAUUGUGACACGGGUUACAUACCAACGCCUGACAAGCAAAGUUGCAAGAGUUCUGGAGCCACUAAUAUAAUCUCCAUUAUAUGUCUUGUGGGAGUUUGGAUAUUGCAUCUGGAGGUAUAGAAAUUAUUGUUCCGGCGGUUAAAACGUAGACAGGGAAUAUGAAAGUGCGUCCCCACUUCGAGUCUUCAAUCAAGACACGUAAAAGUAGGAGUAAAUGGAAAAUCUUCAAACGACUCUAGUUUCUAUGAAGAAUGUUAUGGAAUUUUAAACAAUCAGGAUAUAUCAUGAAUUGCUAUUACUCAUCUUCUGUACGUUCUCUGUGCUUUUGUCCAGCUGAAAUUUAGUAUUUAUUUUUGUGUUCUUAAUUUUAGAACCUGUAGCACAGGAAGAACACUUCAUGAAUAAAAAUAUGUUCACUAUUUAACUG